AUGGUGGUGCAUGCUGCAGCUGCAGCUGAGAAUUCUUAUAGAGCUCACAAUCCUACUCACAUGAAGUGCCCUGUUAGCAACUAUGGGCUGAUCAGGUGGCUUCUCCCUCCGGAGAACAAACUCAAACUUAAUUUUGAUGGCUCUGUGAAGCAUGACGGGAUGGCUGCAGCUGGUUUUGUCAUUAGAAACCAUUCUAGCUCCCUGGUGGUGGCUGGAACUAGGAAGAUCGGCUCUACUACUGUUCUUGUGGAGGAGUGUAAAGCGCUCAAAGAUGGUCUCCGCCAUGCGCUGCAUCUCAACUGCUCUAACAUUCUAGUAGAGGGUGAUUCAAAGCUGGUGAUCGAUUGUGUUAACAAGAUUAGUGACCCUCCUUGGAAAAUUCGUUCUCUUGUUCGUGACAUCCAAGACAUCUCUAGUAUGUUUGAGGAAAUCUCUUUCUCUCAUAUUCCUCGUGAAGCAAAUUUUGUGGCUGAUGCAAUUGCCUCUCUUGGUCAUCAAUCUCCGGAUGCGAUUAUAUGGCGAGACAAACUUCCUCUUUUGGCUUGCUCGACUUUUAAUUUAGACCAAUUUAAUUUUGGUGUAGUUAGAGACUUUGUGUUGUAA